UUUUCAUUUUGAAGUCAAAAAGCACCAUGGCGACGACCUCUCUGGGAGCAGCGCCUCCAUGCCGACGCUCGUUUGGUGGCAAAGCAGGGACGUGGUUUACCAGGAGGAAACCGCGCAAUGAUACCUCGACCUUGAAGAAAACGAAUGGCGAGCUCUCUUCGCAACCCAAUGCGACCAUUGAAUGGGACCAUGACAAGUGCCGUCCUAUUUUCAAACAAGCCGUGCCGCCCAAAGAGCCAUCGAAUGAAGAACAAGAUACUGACAGGAAUACUACAGUAGCGAGAAAGCACGAUGGGAUCAACAUUCGCUUGGAUUUUUCCGAUGGUAUGGAGAAGACUACUACUUCUACCAGUACUAACGAGUCCAAUGAAGAAGCACCGACCAAACCCAAGGAUCCUUUUGACAGCAAGAAGAGACAUCAAAAGUCCUACGGAAUCAGGUCUCGCAACAAGAAGAGACAGAAGAAGUGCAGUGAGUUGGAUUCGCUGAAUGAUUCCGACGAUGACGAAUCGUAUUGUGUGGGCAUGCUGUCACAACCACAGGAUUUUCAGCCGUUGAAUAAUCGAGGAAGCACGAAGAAUGAGUCGGAAGAGGAAGAUGACAAUCACACAAGCACAACAAUCGACACGGUGACACUGGCCAGAAGAGUCAGCACGGGAAGCUGUUUGAGUCUGGAAAACAAAGUCGAAAAGGAUACAUUUGCAUUUCGAGAUGACGACCCCGUGGACGACAAAAAGAGGACUCUUGUCCAGUCGCUCUGCGAGACUCCACAAACAGCGUCUCUCCGCGUCCAUCGGGAGUUCUUUGAACGACUAGAUCGGGAUCAUCAAUUGACUAUCGCUGCCGAGCCCAGCACUUGUCGUCGUCUGCGCCGUCACGAGACCACGGGUCGUUCCACGUAUGGGGUCAAUUCGAAAAAGCAUCUCUUGACGGUGGCCCCCAAAUUGACCCAAGAGUACAAUGAAUACAAAGUGGCGUGCGAGGAAUCCAACGUGACCCCCAUUCCAAAGGAAACCUAUUCUGCAAACCGUUCUCAAUACUUUGAGUCAGCGUCGGAGCUUUAUGAUGGGUUCCUGGAUGAGUGAGCCGACAAUAAUGCAAAAGCAAAAGAGGCAACACUGCUGUAAUCUAUGGUAGAGCAGCCGGACAGUAGGUACAGAUGAGCAACAAGCAUACUGGAGUUCAACAAGUCUUUAAUAGUUAAGAGUUAGUAGCAGUUUUGUUGCUGUAACUGUGACCAGUUCUCUAGUUCGGGUACGAGGUACAGUAGUACUGUAGAAUUGCAUGGCUUCAAUGGAGAACAGAACGUACCGGUACUUGUUAAUGAUGCUGUCCUGGUUAGACGAGGACAGAUCGACGGAUCAUACUGGC